AUGGCAGACAAUAGCAGUCGAGACCCUCAAGCAGCGCCCUUGCGCCAACGGCAGUCUUCUCGAGGCCUGUUUGCUCCCGAGAUCGUCGAUCUAGUACUACCACCCCUGAAGGUUGGUGGUUUGACAGGGACUGCUGGUGUUUUGGCUGGCGUAGGAGGCUCUAUCUUUAAAGAAGCAAACCCCAUUGUCUGGGGCGCAGUUUCUGGCUUCCAAUGGUUCACACUAGGGACCAGCUUUUGGUUCACGAGAAGUAUCGUGGUCAAAGCAUGGGGCGGUGAAGAACAGCUCAGAAAUUCGGAUAAAACCAAGGCCAGUGCCAUUGCCGGCACGGCAGCUGGUGCCAUGGGAGGGUUGAUUCGGGGCCCCUCAAAUAUCCUCCCGGCCAUGCUAGUUUGGACAGUCCUGGGUGCUGGAGGACAAAUGGCAGUGAACCGAAUGUCCAGUCGCCAGCCCAAGGUUCAGGACGAGAACGCUAGCUGGAUCUCUCGAUGGAGCCCUCUCAAGAAACUUACUGACGAAGAGUAUACGAACAUGAUGUCAGAGAAGAUGCUGAGAAUCGAUGCUGACAUUGCACUCAUCGAUGAUCGCAUUGCCGAGUUAAAGAAGCAGGCACAGGAGGAAGCUCAAGCAGAUACCCCUUUGCGAUGA